AUGUCCCCAGCGGCUCCAGGGCGUCAGAGCGACCUCCCCCAUGACCUGCCUCCAUCGGGGGGUCCUCAGUACCCCCGCCACCCGGGGACAGCAGGACCCCACCCCCCGGGACAGCAGGACCCCCACCCCCGGGACAGCAGGACCCCCACCCCCCGGGGACAGACCCCCGCCCCCCGGACAGCAGGACCCCCGCCCCCCGGGACAGCAGGGGCCACCAGGGCCCCCGGGGACAGCAGGACCCCCGCCCCCCGGGGACAGCAGGACCCCCGCCCUCCGGGGACAGCAGGGGCCACCAGGGCCCCCGGGGACAGCAGGACCCCCACCCCCCGGGGACAGCAGGACCCCCACCCCCCGGGACAGCAGGACCCCCGCCCCCCGGGACAGCAGGUGCCACCAGGGCCCCCCGCCCCCCGGGGACAGCAGGACCCCCCGCCCCCCGGGGACAGCGGGGGGCCACCAGGGCCCCCCGGGGACAGCGGGGGCCACCAGGACCCCCCGCCCCCCGGGGACAGCGGGGGGCCACCAGGACCCCCGGGGACAGCGGGGGCCACCAGGGCCCCCCGCCCCCGCCGCGACCCCAGUCACCUCAGUCCCAGCGCGACGGAGCCGGUUGACCAUGGUAGGGGGUCCCCCACAGAGGAGGGCCCCACCACGGAGCUCCACCACAGGGCUCCCCCACAGAGGAGGGCCCCACCACGGAGCUCCACCACAGGGGUCCCCCACAGAGGAGGGCCCCACCACGGAGCUCCACCACAGGGCUCCCCCACAGAGGAGGGCCCCACCACGGAGCUCCACCACAGAGCUCCCCCACAGAGGAGGGCCCCACCACGGAGCUCCACCACAGAGGAGGGCCCCACCACGGAUCUCCACCACAGGGCUCCCCCACAGAGGAGGGCCCCACCACAGAGCUCCACCACAGAGGAGGGCCCUACCACGGAGCUCAACCACAGAGGAGGGCCCCACCACGGAGCUCCACCACAGGGCUCCCCCACAGAGGAGGGCCCCACCACAGAGCACCCCCACAGAAGAGGGCCCCACCACGGAGCUCCACCACAGAGCUCCCCACAGGGCUCCCCCACAGAGGAAGGCCCCACCACAGAGGAGGGCCCCACAACAGAGGAGGGCUCCACCACGGAGCUCCACCACGGAGCUCCACCACAGAGCACCCCCACAGAGGAGGGCCCCACCACGGAGCUCCACCACAGAGCACACCCACAGAGAGGGCCCCACCCGGAGCUCCAACCACAGAGCUACCCCACAGAGGAGGGCCCCUACCACGGAGCUCCACCACAGAGCUCCCCCACAGAGGAGGGCCCCACCACGGAGCCUUCGCCACAGAGCUCACCCCACAGAGGAGGGCCCCACCACGGAGCUCCACCACAGAAGCACACCCACAGAGGAGGGCCCCAACACGGAGCUACCCCACCCGAGGCUCCCAACAGAGGAGGGUCCCCACCACGGAGGCUCCACCACAGAGCACACCCACAGAGGAGGGCCCCACCACGGAAGCGUCCACCACAGAAGCACACCCACAGAGGAGGGCCCCACCACGGAGCUCCACCACGACCCCAGUGGGAAAAUGUCCAGGCUGAAGAGCCGCCCUCCGCCCGCUGCAGAGCCGCUCUCCUCCCGCUGAAGAGCCGCCCUCCGCCCGCUGCAGAGCCGCUCUCCUCCCGCUGA